CUGGAAGGAGGAGGAGGAAGAGAAGGAGGAGGAGGAAGCAGCAGCUCCAGGAGUCAGCUCAGCAAGAAAACUUCCCCAGGAAAGAGCUACUCACUCAACCCACGAGGCAGAGCCACGCAGAGGUCCCAGGCGCCUCCCUUGAGCCCGGCUGCCGCAGUGGCUCUGCCUCCCUCCCUCCCUCCUUUCCUUCCUUCCUUGGCAGAGAAAGACAGGAGAGAAGGAGGAAGGGGAUCCCCGAAGGAAAGCGCCCCAAACCUCGCUGCUUUCUCCACCCGAGAACCCAAGAAAGAGAACGGGGAAGCCAUGGAGCUCAAUGCAGGUGGUGUGAUCACUUACAUCAGUUCUUCAAGCUCAGCAUCUAGCCCUGCCUCAUGUCACAGCGAGGGCUCAGAGAGCAGCUUCCAAUCCUCCUCUUCGCCUGUCCCAACAUCUCCAAACAGUUCUCCUUCGGAGAGCAGCUGCAACAUCAAGAGCAGAGAAGUCUUCAAAGAAGCCACAAAGAGUGACCAACUAGAUGAUCGAAUUAAAGCAAACCAUUCAAGUCCAAAAGGACAAAUCAAGGGUCACAGUGGACUUACAAAAUUUAAUGGCAUGGUGCUACUGUGUAAAGUCUGUGGAGAUGUUGCUUCAGGAUUUCACUAUGGGGUCCAUGCCUGUGAAGGCUGCAAGGGGUUUUUUAGAAGAAGCAUUCAACAAAAUAUCCAGUACAAAAAGUGCCUGAAGAAUAACAACUGCUCCAUAAUGAGAAUGAACAGAAACAGGUGUCAGCAGUGCCGAUUCAAAAAAUGUUUGUCAGUUGGGAUGUCAAGAGACGCUGUUCGAUUUGGCCGGAUUCCUAAACGUGAGAAACAGAGGAUGCUGAUAGAAAUGCAAAGUGCCAUGAAAACCAUGAUGAACACUCAAUUCAGUGAUCACUUACCUAAUGAAACAUUAAAAGAUAGCGAAGAACCAGUGAUACUGUUGCCUCAGGAAGAGCUGAACUCCAAAAUGCAGCGAGAAAAGGAGACUAUCAACCGCACUUCUCCACCUCCGGUCCUUCUUCCACCUCUUUCUGCUCCCCCCUCUGACAUUGCGAAGGAAGAAGUGAUCGGUAUGGUGACCAGAGCCCAUAAAGAUACCUUUAUGUACAACCAGGAACAAUCGGAAAAUCCUCCCUGUGUUGUGCAGCCCCAGAACGGGGAAAGAAACCUCAAGUACACAGAGCAAUAUAAUUCUAGUGGUGAGCCUGAUCAUGGUGACAUAAGCAGCACCCAAUAUGGCGAUAGUGAGCAACAUUUCAAUGGACAAUACAAAGGGCGAAACAAUGUGCAUUAUCCUAAUGGGCGUAACCUUUGCUUCACGAGCAGCAGUUCUAUGAACUUCACUCAUGGCUUUCCCCUGAAAGGUUGCAACAGGAUGCCCGAAAACGGCUUUCCUCCAAAUGAAUCUAUGAAUGCCUACUCUUACAACACUGGAGGCAGGAUGCAUCUGGUUUGUCCGAUGAACAAGACUCCUUUUGUGGAUCCAAAUAAGUCUGGUCAUGAAGUUUGGGAGGAAUUUUCUAUGAGCUUUACACCUGCAGUAAAGGAAGUGGUGGAGUUUGCCAAGCGUGUUCCAGGUUUCCGAAACCUUUCCCAGCAUGACCAAGUAAAUCUUCUAAAGGCUGGAACCUUUGAGGUUUUAAUGGUGAGGUUUGCAUCUUUAUUUGAUGCAAAGGAUCGUACUGUCACCUUUCUUAGCGGAAAGAAAUACAGUUUGGAUGAUCUGCGUUCAAUGGGGGCUGGUGAUCUGCUCAACUCCAUGUUUGAGUUUAGUGAGAAGCUAAAUGCCCUGAACCUUAGCGAUGAAGAAAUGAGCUUGUUUACAGCAGUGGUCCUUGUGUCUGCCGAACGAUCAGGAAUAGAAAAUGUCAACUCCGUGGAGGCGCUGCAGGAGACUCUUAUCCGUGCACUCAGGACCUUAAUCACAAAAAAUCAUCCAAACGAAGCCUCUACAUUUACAAAGUUGCUUUUAAAACUGCCUGACUUGCGUUCCUUGAAUAACAUGCACUCUGAGGAACUUCUAGCCUUUAAAGUUCACCCUUAGGUUUUUACCUCUUAUUUAUAGAAUGGACUUUGAAUAAACUGUGUGUGUAUUUUGUGCUCAAAUGUUUAUUUAUGUCUGUAUGUAAGUCUUGUGGAGAAGAAGAACUUGCUGACAGUAUCAUGGGUAGAUGUUCUGUUGACAUGCAAUAGCACUUCAGGUUCACCGGUUUUUUUAAUCAUCAUUGACAAGAUUUCGUCAUGAAUAUUCUAAGCAACCCCCAUUUGCACUAAAGCUGAAGAUAUCUCUAUAGUCAUAUGGAUAUUGACUGUUAUAAUCUGUGCCCCUACAACAAAAAUAACCCAAGUUUUUCUGGUAUAAAACAAAAAUGCAUACAUCCAAAUGUAGAAAACAGAAUGUGAGGAUAAUGACACUUCAGUGACUUAUAGAGAUUUAAUUGGUCUAUACCCCCUUUUUGAACAUCAAAUCUUGGUUGGAUAGGAAUCUCUGAAACUUCAUGAGAUGUCUUGGUGUGUACCAGUUUGCUUAUCCUAACAGAAGUAUACAGAGAUUUUUUGAACAGAGAUAUUGAAUGCAUGACAGUUCUAUAAAAUACUUUGUGUAUGUACAUAUUUGUGUGAAUGUAUAUAAAUAGUUCUAAAUGAAUGAUGUGCUAUCACUUCUUCACAAUAUUUUCAAUUGUGGGGAAGUAAACCAAAUUAAAUGAUUGGUGGUGUACUAUUUGAAACAAAAUGUCUUGAGAGUUCAGAUUGUUCAGAGAAUUCUAGGUUGAAGCUGAUAUGCUGAUUUUGUUAGAUUAUGAACUACUAGAAUAUCAGAAGUUAAAUGGGAAGCCUGUCAAAUCAAAUAUUUAAAAGAAAGAAAGAAACUAGAUUGGAAUGGUUUUUAAAAAAUCGCACUUAAAUGCUGCUGGACAUUUAUUUAGCUUGAAAGAAUAAGUGUGAUUCUUUUGGAGAAUGUCGAAGAGACUGUAACAAUAUCUUUAUUGCAUAUUUGUGUGUGUUCCAAGAAUAAUUUACACUGCACCUAUAUGCUAUUUUAAUUCUACACAAAACUGGGAAGCAAAGCUGUGAUAUGCAGUUCAUGCCUCUUAAUAUUUAUUUAGAGCCAGGAAGUGGAAGUUCACAUGUAAAUUCUUAAGAGUGGCAAAUCAUUAUUCAGUUUAUUUUGUGACACACAACAAAAGUCUGUUAGAUUGUUAUUAUGCCUGUUUUUCUAUAUUUUGUGCCACUUUUACAUUCCCCCCAAAAUUAAUAUAGUUCAAAGAAUUUGGAAUAAAUGCACAGUGGCACUUUGUGUGCCAGAACAUUAUAGCCCCCAGUGGAGCAGCGGGUUAAACCGCUGAGCUGCUGAACUUGCUGAUCAAAAGGUUGGCGGUCCGAAUCCAGAGAGCAGAGUGAGCUCCCACUAUUAGCCCCAGCUUCUGCCAACCUAGCAGUUUGAAAACAUGCAAUUGUGAGUAGAUCAAUAGCUAUAGCUCUGGGGGGACGGUAACGGCACUCCAUGCAGUCAUGCUGGCCAUAUGAUCUUGGCGGCGUCUAUGGACAAUGCCGGCUCUUCGGCCUAAAAUGGAGAUGAGCACCAACCCUCAGAGUCAGACACGGCUAGACUUAAUGUCAGGGGAAAACCUUUACCUUUACUACUCACAAUGUAUGAAACAGAAAUGUUCAGAGAUGGAUCCAGAUAUAGUCAUAUUUGGGUGGACCAACUGAAAUCAACAGGAUUUAUGUUGAUCAUGACUAUAUUGAUUUCUAUGUUUCAAGUAUGGCUGUCUGGAUGCAGCCCUCUGUGAAUUUUCCUUCCAUUGAAACAAAAGAAUGAAAAUUUUGCUUACAAUCUUGGUAUUUUAUGUGUUUGUUACUUCUUUUUCUCCCGCACUAAAGGUAAAUCUUGAAUUUCCUACACUUCCAUUAAGUAUAUGUGAAUAAUGAAAGUGUCGUGAGUUUGACAGAUGUUGGCUUAAGCCUGGUAUUCGACUAGACUACUCAUUUAGAAACAUGUCCCCUUCUUGUAGUAUAUGCUCAUGUAUAAGUAGGGGGUUGGUUUGGGGGUCAAAAAUAUUGAUUUUGAUAUGGCCCAUGGAUAAUUUGAAGUUCAUCCUGCCACCCAUCACCAUUUUCCCACCUAGGCAUUCAAAAAUGCCAGGAGUGGUGCCGUAGCAGAAAGAGUAGAGGGAAAUUGGAAGGUUUUUUUCAGUCCUUCUGAGACUUACUAAGCUUUUUUUGUCACUCUUCUCAGAAAAGGGGAUGUUUUCUUUUUGAUAAGAAUUAAAGUAAGUACUGACACUGACCCAUCCUUUGGGUUACUUUUUGGACUAAAAAUUCUAGACUGAUACAUGAGUAUAUAGGGUAACUAAAGAAGGUAGAUUUAGUUCCUAUUAGAGCAGAAAAACUAAACAUUUUAUAUGCAUUGCUUUUAAGAGGUUCUAUGUCAACAUUCAGCAGUCAACGAAGAACUGCAUGUGUUCGCUGCAAAUAAAACCGUGACUAAUAUAUAUCACUACCAUUUCCAUUUAGAUUAACAACCACUUGGUAGUGAUUUUUUCACUUUCAAAAAUGUGCACUUGGUAGAAUACAGAAUAACUGAGAAUCAAUAUUUUUUAUUACAAACAGAUAGGUAAAAUUUUGAUUCUUUUUAAAACUUAAAAAAGUUAAUUUUGAUUCUAGGCAUAUAGAAGCCUCUAUCCUAAAUAGAUGUCUUAUGAUUUAUUAGAAAGCCAGUAGAGAAAUAUAACCAGUACUGAGUAAAAUAUUGCUUAUUUUUAAAAAAAGAAAUAGUUCCGUAUAUAUGUAGAUAGAAUUACAUUAUGUAGUAUAUUCAUUCAAUUUCAUGUUAAAUAACAUGUUCCUGCAUGUUGCAGAAACGUUCCAUUUUUACAUUUAUAACAAAUCCAAAAUCCAAGCUCGACUUAAUUUUUAGGACAUCCCCUUUGUAUAAAUCUUUUACGCCCAACACCGUCGUUACAUUGGCAGCAUUAGAGAUGCUGUGACAGUAACGGUACUGGAAAGAGCCACAAAACUUCUUUCUCGUGCUAGGGUUAACUUUUAGAAAAUGAGAAACUAUUGGAGAAGAAAUGAAGCAUGGGCUCCUCCCAGGCUUUACAUGCUACUGAGCAGCAUUGGAAGAAGAUACUUUUCUGUGGUCCCAACUUCCAGAAUUUACAGUGAUUUAUACCUUGAGAAGCCAUUUAUCAUGAGCUAUACUUUACUGUGUUGCUGGUUAUAUGCCUGUUAAAAAUACUGACAAAUACUUCAUACCAGACUUUUGAGUAUCGUUGAUUGCUGAGAGAGAGAUUACAAAAAUGUACUGUAUGAAACUAAAUGAUUUUUUUACCUCUGGUUUUACAUGUUUUAAAUGAUUAAAUUUGGGCAUUAUGUUGGAAAAGAA